AUGCGUGACGAAAAUAAUAUGAAUUACUCAUUUUCUCAUAAUGUGAUUGAAUGUUAUUUUCUAGGAUGGCGAAAAGUUUUUGAAGCUAAUGAAUAUGGAAAAAUUGAUCGAAUUAUUUGGUAUGAUCAAGAAAGUGUUAUUGUUACAGGACAAGGUAGACGUGUACGUGCAUUAAGAUAUGCUGAUGGUCUUGAAGUAUGGCAAUUGGCAGCAACAUCAACUACUAAUUCAAAUCAAGAUUCGAAUUUUAAAUAUUGUCAAGUAAUUAAAAAUCGAUUUGACCCAGGUACAAUUCAUAUUCUAAGUAAUGAUCUUCUAUGGAGUGUAUCAUCCUAUGGUGAAAUGCUCUGGUCCAUUACACUUCCAACAAAAUCAACUUUAAAAAAUCUUUUUCUUCUAUCAACAUCACAACAUGUUAUUGUUGGAAGUAUUGAUUCAAAUAUAAAUCAACUUCAAAUAACUUAUUAUUCAAAACAAAAUGGUGCUCAAUCAUUUUCUUCAUCAAUGCCAUGGUCAUUUAAUUUUGAUGAUAGCCGAAAUAAAUGUAUAACAACGAAUAAUCUAAUUGUAUGUUCAAAUAAUAAUGAACUUUCAAUAAUUACAAUUCCCACAACGAUGGAUGAUACAAAUAUAAUUACUAGUAAUCUAAAAGUUCCAAAUAAAAUCGAACAAGUACGUGUUUUAUAUGAAAGUAAUACAAAUACAAUUUUAUCAAUAAAAAUGGAAAAUUUGGAAACAAAAAUUUAUCAAUUUAAUAAAAAAGAAUCAACAACAGAAUGGGAAUUUCAUGAAUUAAAUAUUCAAAUAAAAUCUAAUGGUUUUUAUAGUGUUAUUACAGAAAAAAAUCUUGCUGGUCAACAAAUUCUUGAAGCAUUAGCCAAUGAACAAAAACUUAAUUUUUAUGUUUCAAAUAUAAAUGAACAAACUUUGUCAAAUACACGUUCAUAUUCAAUUUUACUUCCAGAAAAUAUGGGUGGAAUUGAAUACAUUGCAUAUUCAAUUGUUAAACAUACACAAUUAGUUACCGUCAGAAUGCAAGAUGGUUCUUUACUUGUUAUUAAAUUAGCUGAUAAUGGAGCUGAAUUAAUUCUACAUCGUGAUGAAGCAUUGUCUUCAAUAAUAUCUGUUGAAACAUUUGAUUUAUCAUUAUCACUUGGACAAAUGCGUAUUGAAGAAGAAUUUGGUGGUACAGGAGUAUUUAGUAUGUUUACAAGACGAGUUUCAACACAAUUAUCACAAUUAGUUAGCUUCUUUUUACGCUUAAUGGAUUUAUUUACACAUGGAAAUCGAAAUCGUGCUUAUAUGGAUAAACAAGCUGCAACAAUUCGUGAUGAAUUUAAUUUAAAUAAAAUUCUUAUUGUUGUUACAUCUGUAGGAAAGGUUUUUGGUAUUUUAACACAAAGUGGUGGUAUUUUAUGGAAACAUUAUUUUAAUAAUUUUGCACCAUUUCAACAUUUCAAUACAGUUCAAGUACCUUUAUUUCAUAUUCGUUCAGCUGCUCAUUAUACACAUCAACCACUAGCAUCAAUUGUUUAUCGUGAUCGAAAUUCUUUACAUGAAACACAUGUACAAACAUUUAAUCCAUAUACAGGAGAUUUAGAUAAUACAUUAAGUACAUCAUCAUUAUCAUAUCGUAUAAAACAUGUUUUUCUAUCAACACAAAUUGUUGAUGAAUUUUGUAAAGUAUUAUUAUUCGUCGAUACAAAUAAUAAAAUACAUACAUAUCCAUCAGUACCACUAUCACGAGCAUUAAGUACACAAACUCCAAUAUAUAUUUAUUUAUUUGAUAAAAAUGAACAAGUAUUUAUUGGUUAUUAUUUAUCGAUUAAUGAAAACGAACAACAAAGUUCAACAAAUUUAAAAGAAGUAUGGCGUGUGUCAUUUCAAAAUGAAGAAGUUAUUAAUAUACAUACUCGAUCAAGUUCAGAUCGUGUUCAUUCUGCUGGUAUUGUUCUUGGUGAUAGAAGUGUUCUUUAUAAAUAUACAAAUCUAAAUCUUAUUGCUGUUGUUACGGAAGGAAUUGAUUAUCAAAAAGUUCCAUUCGUAAAUAUUUAUUUAUUGGAUACUGUAACUGGUUCAUUAAAGCUUUCUCAUACACAUAAACGUGUUAAAUCACCAGUACAUGUAGUUCUUGCUGAAAAUUGGAUUAUCUAUACAUAUUAUAAUCAACGUUAUCGUCGAUAUGAAGCUGUUAGUUCAUCAUUAUUUGAAGGACCAGCACAAUAUAAUUAUUCAACAUUUUCAUCUUUUGAUCCUAUUGAACCAGUUGUACAAUCAAAAGCCUAUAUAUUACCAUAUGGCGUCAAUGCUAUUCAAGUAACAACAACUGAAAAAGGCAUAACAUCAAGAGAUAUAAUUAUGGCAGCACCUAAUGGAAUGCUUAUUGAAAUACCUUGGAUAUUAUUUGAUCCUCGACGACCACUUGAUUUAACACCAAUGGAUAGAGAAGAAGGUUUGAUUAUGUAUACACCAGAAAUAAUGGUUAAUUUUGAAAGCGUCAUUAAUUAUUAUAAAUAUGUUUAUAAUAUACGUGGUAUUCAUACAGUUGCUACUGGUCUUGAAUCAACAUCUGUUGUAUUUGCAUAUGGUCUUGAUUUAUUUUUUACUCGUGUUUUUCCAUCACGUUUAUUUGAUCAAUUAAAAGAUGAUUUCGAUUUUAUGUUUAUUGGUUGGUCAACUGUAGCGUUUGUUGUUGGUUCAUUUAUAGCAAAACGUUUUGCUGCUAUUCAUCAAACAAAAAAAGCUUGGAAAUAA